UCACUUGCGCCUUUGUUGAGCAACUUCGCCGAAGCGCAACUCGAGCGCGUCGCCUUCGCCUUGCCCGCGAGGGGAGCGCGGCGGCCGGACUCCUGCAACGUCAGGGGACACCCUGGUGUGGUCUGAGCCCUCCCGGAGAUGCGGGCUCCCCCGGCCAGACCUCCGAGGAGCCGAGGAUGCGCUGCAGUUGCUGCUGGUCUCGACGUGAAGGGACUCAAGCUGGGGUGCUUUAGGCGUCGCAAACAAAUCAGGCUGCUUUGUGAGGAUGUGUGUCGUGUCUGAUACUAAAAUGAACUGAUGUGCAGUCAAACAGAUAUCUGUGAUGGGAUUUCCUGUAGUCUCUUGUAAAACUGUCUGAAGUUCGAAGCAGUGGUUGGUCAGAAGACUUGUCAAACAGUGGUCGAAAACCAUGUCGCAGGCUGUGCAGACAAAUGGAACCCAACCUUUGAGCAAAACAUGGGAGCUCAGCUUGUAUGAACUUCAAAGAACACCUCAGGAAGCAAUAACAGAUGGCUUGGAGAUUGUGGUGUCACCUCGAAGCCUCCACAGUGAGUUGAUGUGUCCUAUUUGUUUGGAUAUGUUGAAAAACACCAUGACUACUAAGGAAUGUCUGCAUCGUUUUUGUGCUGAUUGUAUCAUCACAGCCCUCAGAAGUGGGAACAAAGAAUGCCCCACUUGUCGUAAAAAACUCGUCUCCAAACGGUCACUGAGACCAGACCCGAACUUCGAUGCCCUCAUCAGUAAAAUCUAUCCGAGUCGUGAUGAAUAUGAAGCUCAUCAGGAGAGAGUCCUAGCGAGGAUCAGCAAGCACAACAACCAGCAAGCUCUGAGCCACAGCAUUGAGGAGGGCUUGAAAAUCCAGGCCCUGAACAGGUUACAAAGGGGCAAGAAGCAACAGAUUGAGAAUGGCAGUGGGGCAGAGGACAACGGAGACAGCUCACACUGUAGCAAUGCUUCAACUCACAGCAACCAGGAAGCUGGCCCAAGUAACAAAAGGACCAAAACGUCAGAUGAUUCUGGGCUAGAACUGGACAAUAACAAUACCACAGUUGCUAUAGACCCAGUACUGGAUGGUGCGAGCGAAAUAGAACUCGUUUUCAGACCCCAUCCCACGCUAAUGGAGAACGAUGACAGCGCACAGACGAGGUACAUAAAGACUUCUGGCAAUGCCACCGUGGAUCACUUGUCCAAGUACCUAGCUGUGAGACUGGCCUUGGAAGAGCUACGGAGCAAAGGAGAAUCGAACCAGAUGAAUCUGGAAACAGCCAGUGAGAAGCAGUACACGAUUUAUAUUGCGACAGCCAAUGGCCAGUUCACUGUGUUAAAUGGCUCCUUUUCCUUGGAGCUGGUCAGUGAAAAGUACUGGAAAGUGAAUAAACCCAUGGAGCUCUACUAUGCACCAACAAAGGAGCACAAAUAAGCCCGACAAAGACUUUGAGCUGGAACUGUAAUUACUUUUAUAGCUUUCAUUUACUUUUAAAAAAAGUGAAGCACCAUGCACAACUGCUGAGAGAUUUGAAUUCCUUGAUGAAUAUUGAUAUUAGCUAGUCGACAUUAUUUUGUGUGAUAUUUAACUUCCUUUCCUCUGGAGGGCUGAAUGAUCUGUACAUUCCACUGGAGCUCUCAAACGUGCUUCUGACUUGGUGGCUCUUAUUUCAUGCGCGUGAUACUAGAAGCAGGGAAGGUUUCAUGGCAGACUUAUACCAGCACCUUAAUGAGGGGACAAGAGAGGUGGCCACAGCCAAGAGAACUCCCUUGUGUUACAGCAGCGUGAGACCGCGCGUGGUCGAAGUGGGCUAGCUGGUAGCUGACUGCUUGCGAUGCUAGAGAACUGCUGGCACCAGGGGUCGGGGGGCUGCGCGCAGAACUAACUUGGCUCUUAUGCAUUGUCCAGGGAACAGAGUCCUUCGGUUUUGUAAAUAAAACAGCCAGUCCACAUGGAUCACUGAGUUUGUUCCCAUAGGUGUCAGUUUUGGGAACGAGUGCAAUUCUUUCUCAUACUUACAUUAACUGGGGUAUUCUCAGAUAGUAAGUAAGAAGGUGAAACCCAUUUCAGAUCAUAUUGAAAAGAACAUUGACCAAGGUGAAUAUUGGUGUCAGUGUACUGCUGUUUAAAGGAUGAAAGGGAAUUUACCCAAGGGAGGGGCUCCAAGGAAGAGAAUGGACAUGUCUGAGGAUAGCUUGCAAUUAAUGAAGGAUUUCUGAAAAGCCAUUGGGUGCAGGGAAGCAUGCGUAUCGGUAGCAUCUUAAAAAACAGUGCUCCCCGUGGCUGCAUCCAUCCAUCCAUCCGUGAAUGAAAAGAAGGGAAAAGCGGUGCUUCUGGGCACGAGAUCAGGCCUGCAUGUUUUGAAAUUGGCAGUGUUUUAUGCGGAAUCUUAACGAAAAGUACUUGUCUCUGUACAAGUGUCCCCACCCCAUUUUUUUGCACAGUGAAUUAUGAUGGUGAAGUUUCUUCAGAAACCUUCUCAGUUUGUCUUGGCCAUAUUAAUAGUUGAUACUUAGGGUCAUUGGUCUCAACGGGAUCGGGCCUCUGCAGUGUUUCAGGCCAUCCAUUUCCUGUGUUCUUCAUCUGGUGUGUCUGCCAGGAAAAGGAGGACUUUCCCCCCUGCAGUUUUCCCUCCCACUUGCCUCUUGUGUUUUGGGGGUCUUAUUAUUUAUUACAUUUCUGUACUGCCUGUAGCUGAAGCUCUCUGGGCGGUUCACAAAAAAAAAAUAUAUAGAAACAAUAAAAUACCCUACAUAACAAUACUUAAAACAUUUAAAAAUUAAAAUAGCAUUAAAAUAGAUUGAGAUACACUAAAAUAAAAAGACCCGGCCAAGAAAAGGGGGAAAGGCACCUGGAUUAAACCAUGAGGGAAAUCUUUAGAUGAAUUAAUAUUUUCAUCCCCAAGUGCCACACCCUUUUUGAUUCAGAAAACUCCGAUUAUUUCAAGACCUUUUUAUAGAGACACGGAUUGAUUCGAGGCCGGACUCUGAGCUGUCCUGAGAGUUCCAGAAUCUUUUAGCAUCUUGACUGCAACCGUGGUGUAGCCAGUGUUUCCCUUCGGCCUGAAUGCAAUUGCUUUGAGGACUUCCCCAAAUUCUCCUUUUCUGAGCGUUUUGCUGAGCACCAUGUUUUUUCCAAGGAAACUCCUGCUUUGGGUCCUCUGUUGUUUUAAAGGUGUCUUCUGAUAAUUGGUUCUCAGAGAUGAUUGAUGGACAGUAGAAGAUGAGUUACUGAUCAGGUGGGACUGGGCUGGACACCAGACAGUUAUUUCCGCUGAAGCAGUAGGCUGCUUCAGAGCAUUCUUGUGAUAGCAAUGGAUGGCAUAAGAAGAAAGGAGCACUGAAAUAAUGAAGGACAGCAGAAUGUCCCCAGCAUUCACAGUUUUGCACAUGGCAUUACACAAUGGCACUCUGAUAUUUUUCUUUCAGUAACAGCUUUUUCCUGGAAAGAAGUGACAAACUCCAUGUCCCGCCUUAAUUCCAUAUCCAAGAAUGCCUUUCUGGUAUCCACCAGUGAUAUUAGUCCUUGUGCAAUCUUGAUGGCGUAUUCUUUUAUCUCUGCUUUCUGCAGCAUCAGAUUCCAUCUGGACAUGUCCUGAUGCUAGGACGGGAGGCUAUUCCUUUGUAGUUACUCCUUCCCUGUCAGCAUUCCAGUGCCACCAUUCUCUUCAGACUCUGAGUGAGUCUUGCUUAUGGCACAGGGGUCUGGGCAGUCAUCACUGUUAGAUCAUCAGUGAUCAUUAGAGAUCAUCACUGGUAGAUCAAGAACUCCAUCGAGCACGAUUGUAAGAUGGGUGUGAGCGUCUUUCCUUCUCCACUCAUUGGCUAGUACAGGGUACUGUGUUUCUCUGCGGUUAGGUCUCCAUAUUACAGAAGAAUCAUUCACAGAGGCGUCUGUACGUGCCUUCAUGAUCCUGAGCGAUCCGCACAGCACAGCAGCUAACAUUUGUGGAUAGUCAGCUGUACAUGAUGUAGACACCAAAAAACCCCACACUGUUGCUGGUGCAGAUUCUUCCUCUUCGUAAAAAAUUGGCGGUGUUCCUGUUUACUGUGCAUGGGUAUGUCCCAUUUGAAAACGGGAUGCUGAUGGGAAGAAUGCCAACGUUGAAGUUGGGCCCCUGGUAUUCUGUGUCAUUCACAAUAACAUCCAGCAGGAAGGAAUGGCUUUCCAUAAGUGAAAUGCUACCAUUUGGAAUGAACUAGAUCUCAUGGAUGUCAUGCUCCUCUCAAAAUACUUCCUUUAUCCACGGAUUGGACGAAGUUGAGAUGCCAGUGUACUUCUUUCUACUUUCUACAGGGGAAAUAGGGGUAGUGUCUUAAUCACGGCUCAACAGCGUUGCUAAAACAGUCCCCUCUUUCCUACUGGAUUCCACCACAGCAUCUCUUGUGCUGGUACCAUUCAGUAAGAGGAGGGGCGUGUCAUCUUCAUCAAGUAUAUUAACAAAUAGGGCACCUCCCUGGAUGUCUCUAUUGAGCCGUCUUUCCCCAUGCACUUCACACUUUCUGCCUGAUCCAGAGACUGCAUCACUCUAAUACCUGAGGUAUCUUUUUUGUAAUGAAAUGGCAGACCUUCAUCUACUAUCAGGUGGUAGGAGACACUUGUGGAGGGAGAGUCUUCAAGCUAAGCGUCUUCCCUUCAGUAGGAGGGAGUUGCUACAAGGUAUGAGGCAUGGGUGGCCAGAUAACAGAUAAUGCACCAGGACCCAGCCGACAAGGCAAGAUGGUGCAAAGGCAGAGGCUAAUUACUAGUCCAAAUCACAAGUCCCAAGUUGCAGCAGCAAACAGGCCAGGGUGAAAAACCAGGAGUCAGUUGUAGUGCCGUCCAGGAAACCCGAGCACGGCCAAGACAAGACAGAGGUCAGGAGCCAGGAAGACGGUAUGAAGGAGCAAGGACCUCGGAACAGGAAAAGCAGCAGGGUCCAGGGUCAGCCAUUUGUUGACAGACGGGAGAAGGGCAGCGGCCGGUGCUUGUGGGUGAUGUCAGCUAUGGCAGAUGAGAGCCAUAGUUGACAAAGCAGGGACUAGGUGCGUGCAUGGCAUGGUUGUACGCCAUGGACUUGACCAGUGGAAUGAACUUCUCCCAGUUGUCUUGGUGGAAACACAGGAAGCAUCACAGAUACGGCCGUGGUUUUCAUGCUCUCUCGUCCAUCAGCCUGGGUGGUAUACUGAGGACAGCCUUGGGAUCUCCUGGAGCCCUAGGAAAGUGGCUCAGAAGUGGGAUGUGACCCGUGCGCCAAGGACAAAAUCAUUGCAUCUGGAAGACCGUGUGGGCAGAGAACAUGCUCCAGCAAGAGCUGGGCGGUCUGCUGCACACUACCGGUAGCUUCUGGAUAGGCACAACAUGUGCUUCUAGUCAACCUGUCUGCCAUUACUAAAAUGGCUGUAUGGCCCUGGGAUGAAAGCAGAUCUACAGUGAAGUUCAUGGAGAUGACUGACCAAGAAUGUGCAGGUGGUGCUCAUGAAGGCCCUGGCAGCAGAGUCUGGGACUAAUCCUGCAACUACUGGGGUGGUUGUUCUGAUGCUUGGCCAGCAGGAGGAGCCCUGAAGCUGCCCAAAUCCGCAUGGUCACAAACUCGGUACCUAAUGGUACCUUUCACCCUGCGGAUGAGCCACCUGGAGCAUCUCCAAGCACACUUUCUGCCCGAGAGGAGUACAUCCCCAGUGGGAAAAGUGAUGCUGCUUCCUGCCUAUCACCACUUUCAAGCCAGGGAUGGUGGAAGGCUCAGUUUUGUAAGGAGCAAGGUGGGGAGGAAAGUGUUUAAACAUCUUUUUCAUCCUGUCCUUAGUAAGGUUAACCAUCUAGAAGCGAUGUACAUGACUGCCAUAUUUUCCUUUAGAAACUGGUCAUUACAGAGUGUUGCAAGAAAUGUAAGCUUUUCACUCUUGAUGACUAUUUCAGUCCUACAGGAAGAUAAAACUAUUGUAUAAAUACUCCUGUUUUUAUAGUUGUUUACUAUCAAACAUUCCUAAAUUAUGCUAGCAGUUUGUGCCAUGAGACUCCACAAUGACUAAAAGCCUGGGGUGGGGUGGGGUGGAGCUGGGCCAUGCCUGUUUAGUUUUGUUCAGUAUUUUGGUGUAAUGUACAAUUUAUGUAGCUUGCUUGUGCAUGUCCACUAAAUAUAACUGGGUUUCUUUUUAUGUGAACUGUUUUUGUAUGGGCAAACAUCAGCUGCAGCAAGAUCAAUUUUGAAUUGCGAUUUACCCAAGGUAAUGUUUAGCCCUAUAAACAGAUAAAAGUGUCUGUGAAAUUCUGAAAGUGUAUCUAUUUAGAGGGAAGGGGUGUGGUUCCCAACUUAGUGUGGGAGAAUGUGAAUUUUUACUUAUGUUACAGUGAAUUCACUAAGUAUUUAUAUUUACUGAAGUACAUAAAGUAGCUGUUUUAAACAAA